AUGAAGUUUGGAGAAAACCUCCACCAAUUCCAGAUUGUAGAAUGGGCUCCGUGGUACAUUGACUAUCGUCGGCUGAAAAGGCUCUACAAGCAGCAGCUUUCUGUUGAUGACGAGAAAGCUAUUGCAGAUCUUUCAGACUUCCAAGCCGCACUCUCGGAAUCCUUGGACCGCUUUGAUCAAUUCUACCGUAGCAAGCUGCACUUUCUGCGGCAGGAUUUGGGGUCACUGUGCGAGCAUUAUGGACUUCGCAAUGAAGAACCUAUCAUCACCGGUGAUGUAUUGGAGCUUUGGGAUCUUACCGCAAGACUAUCGGAUCUACACAAUGCCAUUGAGCAGCUGCAAUAUUUUGCUUUCAUCAAUCAGGAGAAGAUACUGAGUAAGGUAUCAAAGUUCACUGGCGCAGAGUGGUCUCUCGAUUUCUCGGCUCAGACUCAGGGGUUGCAACUUCUCAAGCGUGUCAAGGAUUUUCAGAGCAGAUUGAUCCAGCCAAUCUUGCCAUCAGCAUGCCAGACUUCACUAGCUCAACGGAAGUACAUUGCUCUAGGAGGAGAUUAUGCUGCUUUGAACUCUGCGCUCGAAGCUAUUAACAUCAACGAUGUGACAGCCUUGACAAAGGCUGUGAAAUUGACAACCAAGAACUCAAAUAUUUUACUAUCUAUCUUGUUGCACAGAUCAAUCACUCUGGAAUCAAAGGACUGCUUCAAAUCCUUAAUUGAGCUCAUAACCCCAACGACCGAUCAUUUAACACGACUUUUGAUCAUAUUUCGCAGUGAAGCAGAUCCCGAUAGCACUCAUCCUGUCGAAAGCAAGGGCGAUUUCAGCCUCGAUAUAGCUGCAGAACUCGUUCGUCAUCUUAUUGACGUGAUGGCCAGUACUGGCAUGGCGCUACUGAUUGGAGACUCUGUCGGGCGUACGCCACUUCAUUACGCCGUGCACUAUGGCCUUUAUGACUUGUGCAUAUAUCUUUGGCACUGUCUACGUCGAGUUCGGAUACUCUUUUGCAAUGUGCAGACCCCUGCAGCUCUCUUAGAGGACGAUGGCUGUAUCACUCCUUUAAAACUCGCGAUUAUUACCGGAGCUAUACCAAUAACACAAAUGUUGCUGGUCAGCUUGAACGACUCUUUCAAAGAACUGAAUGACCCGGAGAAGUUUGCCCGGAAAGCGAUGCUUGGUGAAUAUCUAACCAUAGCUGUGCAACUCAACUCGACUAUUGUCGUGCUGCUCCUAGUGCUCGCUGGUGCCGACGUGAACUACAAAUCACACAACAAUGAAACAACUCUCUACCUCGCGACGCGGUCGCGCAAGUCCGCAGUCGUCAGCUGUCUAUUCGGCAAAGCGGUUGAAGGUCAAGACUUGGACUUGAACGCCUGUGAGGCCAUCAAUGGCUGGACAGCUUUGAUCCUGGCUUGCAGAAAUGGAGAUACAGACAUUGUGUAUCAAUUGCUCCAAGCCGGAGCCGAUCCUACGAAAAGGGACUGUCAAGGCUGGACGGCGAAAGACCAUGCUGCUUUCAAGGGACGGGAACAAAUGAUCGAAACUGUGGAAGGGAUGUGCAGUACGACAGGAGUGACGACCCUCAGCUCCAGCGCUACAUCCCUUGACGAUUAUUUAUCCAUCUUUCAAAGAACGGCAAGACCAAUGACCCAACGUCAACAAGCGGACGACUUAACAUCUGGACAUACCCAAGUCUUCGUAAAUCUAGGAGCCUUGGACACCGACAAGCCUAUCACUGCUAUCAACCUAAGCCCAUUGGUUCACCCACGUCCAUUUACUCCGAAAGAUGAAGCAGGCUAUUUGGUCGAAGUCUGUGCCAGUGACGGAAAUCCGGCCAAACAUGUAAUCACUCUGCCAAUCAUGGAGGAUCUGGCAAACUCACCAAUGCGAUUCACGACGGACCAGCUCAAUUCCUUACGGUUGGCUUUCAACGUCUACGAAGCGACGGGCAUUCCAAGACAGCGAGGCUCUCUUAUAGGGGUUGCCAUCGCCCUUCUUGACAGUCUCAAGAGCGGGCUAGGAGAGAAAGAAGAAAGUCUCGUCAGAAAUUUCACGAUACCUAUCCUUAAAAAUGAUAUGCAUACGUACAUUGGAUCUGUGACUUUUUAUGUUCUCAUAGUGAAACCACUAUACCCAACCAUCUCAGCUCCAAAACAAGCCGUCAAGCUUGAAGAUAGUGGACGGACCACAAUCAUUGGUCACAGGGGUACUGGCGAGAACGAUCCUAGUCGUAGACAGCUGCAGAUUGGAGAGAACACCAUUGAGGUACAGGCUUUCUUCACAGCGCCCCGUGGAGUAGUAGCUGACUGUAUUGAAGUCAUUCCUGUCCGCAAAAAACUUAGGAGCCUCAUACGUAGAGAUGUCCAAGUCACAAAAGAUGACGUACCUGUCAUCUAUCACGACUUUCUCGUGAGCGAGACUGGCAUUGACGCUCCAAUUCAUGCUCUUACGCUCGAGCAGUUCAUGCAUAUAAGUAAAGCCCAAUCGGCGCCUGUCGACAUCGCUUCAUUAGCUGAGAAAAGAUACCUGGAGAACUGCGGGCAGUCGAGCACUGCAAAUUCCAGAAGACGCUCGUACUCACUAAACAAGUAUGAGCAGUCAGAGGCCCACACCCUGAUUGAACGAAUGAAGCAUACCUUCGAGUUCAAACUAAACGAGCCCCGAGGCUUUGACUCUUACAAGGGCAAUAUCAGAAGCAAGCAUAUCCAAUCGUCUUUUAUGACCCUAGAGGAGAUGUUCAGGAAAUUGCCUGAGGACGUGAGCUUCGAUAUUGAGAUCAAAUAUCCAAUGCUUUUCGAAGCCCACGACUGGGGCAUGAACACCUACGCCCUCGAGGUCAACCACGUAGUCGACACUAUAUUAUCGGUCGUCGACCGCCUUGCCGGAAAUCGCACCAUAUUCUUCUCCUCUUUCAGCCCCGAAAUCUGCAUUCUCCUCUCAAGAAAGCAAGACGUCUACCCUGUGUUCUUCCUGACAGAAGCCGGGCACAUACCAUCAUCUGAUGCUCGAGCGGACAGCUUGCAAGCUGCAAUCCACUUCGCCCGUGCCUGGAAUCUGCCUGGCAUUAUUGCUCGGUCGCAGCCAUUUGUGAUGAGUCCAGGUUUGGUGAAGUAUGUCAAGGACUCGGGGCUGCAAUGCAUUUCUUGGGGGGAACUGAAUGACGAGCCGGAACAUGCUAAGAAACAAGUGCAAGCUGGUCUCGACGCUAUCAUUGUGAACAGCAUCCACUUGAUCUCGAAGACACUAGCGGAGAUGUAG